GGGCUCCGCGGAGGCGGAGCCGGGCCGGGCCGAGCCGAGCCGAGCCUGGGCGAGCCGAUCCCGGCCAUGGAGGGCUCGGAGCCCGUGCGGAGGGAGAUGCGGCGCUUCACCUGGGAGGAGAUCGGGCAGCGGAACGGGCGGGGGCCGGCGCCGCAGGAGCGCUGGCUGGUGAUCGACAGGAAGGUGUACGACAUCAGCCACUUCUGCCGGAGACACCCGGGCGGCUCCCGGGUCAUCAGCCACUACGCCGGGCAGGACGCCACGGAUCCUUUCAUUGCUUUCCAUCUUGACAAGGCACUGGUCAGGAAGUACAUGAACCCUCUCCUGAUUGGGGAACUGGCACCAGAUCAGCCCAGCUUUGAGCCCAGCAAGAACAAAAAGCUGGUGGAGGAUUUCCGUGAGCUCCGUGCCACCGUGGAGAGGAUGGGGCUUCUCCAGCCCAACCACAUCUUUUUCAUCCUUUAUCUCUGCCACAUCUUGAUGCUGGAUGUUGCAGCCUGGCUCAUCAUCUGGUAUUUUGGAGCAUCCUUGGUGCCUUUCCUCUUCUCUGCUGUGCUUCUGGGCACUGUCCAGGCCCAGGCUGGCUGGCUGCAGCAUGAUUUUGGACACCUGUCAGUGUUCAGCAAGUCCAGGUGGAACCACUGGGUGCACAAGUUCGUCAUCGGCCACCUCAAGGGAGCCCCGGCCAGCUGGUGGAAUCACCUCCACUUCCAGCACCACGCCAAGCCCAACUGCUUCCGGAAGGAUCCCGAUGUCAACAUGCACCCCUUGUUUUUUGCUCUGGGGAAAACCCUCUCUGUGGAGCUUGGUGUGCAAAAGAAGAAAUUCAUGCCUUACAACCACCAGCACAAGUACUUCUUCAUCAUUGGUCCCCCAGCGCUGGUGCCCCUUUAUUUCCAGUGGUACAUCUUCUACUUCGCCGUGCAGCGCAAGCAGUGGGUGGACCUGGCCUGGAUGCUGUCCUUCUACAUCCGAUUCUACCUCACCUACUUGCCCUUCCUGGGUGUGAAGGGUACCCUGGCGCUCCACCUGCUAGUCAGGUUUAUAGAAAGCAACUGGUUUGUCUGGGUCACACAAAUGAAUCACAUCCCCAUGCACAUUGAUUAUGAUAAGAAUGUGGACUGGUUCUCUACCCAGCUCCAGGCAACCUGCAAUGUUCAUCAGUCCUUCUUCAAUGACUGGUUCAGUGGCCACCUGAACUUCCAGAUCGAGCACCACCUUUUCCCUACAAUGCCACGGCACAACUACUGGAAGGUGGCACCUCUGGUGAAGUCCCUGUGUGCCAAGCAUGGCAUUGAGUACCAGUGCAAGCCUCUGCUCACAGCCUUUGCAGACAUCGUGCACUCUUUGAAAGAUUCAGGAGAGCUCUGGCUCGAUGCUUAUCUACAUAAGUAAGCAGCAGUGGAUCCCUGCAGAGGAAUUCCCCAGCCUUGCUGCCUCCUGUGGUGGUCACCCUGAAGAUCCUGCACUGAGGAGAGCUGGCUAAGCCAGAUUUGGGGAGGUGGUGCUGCUUAAUUCCAUGGAUGAAUGUAAUUAAUAUGAUUUUUCCUUUUAUUUGGUUGGUUUUCUUUUUUUGUUGUUUUUUUGUAAUAUGUGCUGUUAAUUUUUUCUUGUGCUUCUUUCAUUCCUCUUCUCUGGUGCUGAGUGCUGGGGAGAAGCUGGAUGAUGGAGGUUGUGUCCCACCAAGCUGGGUGCAGCUUUGGGACUGGGAACAGAUUUCUUUCCAUCUGCUGAUCCUUCAUUUAUUGAGUAUAUAGGAAGGAAGCUUCUUAUCUAACAUAGGCUUUUUGGGGUGGCUCUCACUGUGAGUGUAGUAAGAAAGUUGGGAGAGUGUGAAAUCAAGGAAUGUGGGAAUUAGGGAAAUGUGGAAGCUCUAAGGAAUUGUGUAGGUUCAGUAUUUUCAAAUCCCUGUUUGUAAUAGGGAGCUCCCAGACCAAUUUGUACAUAUGUGGGUGGGGAGGUGCAGGCAGCAGCUCUCUAGGAACAGGAUCUAGUUAGAGCCCUCAUUGAGGUAGGGAAACAGGAAAGUGGAAGUUGUUCCAUGGGCCGUGUUCUGUGGGAAUGCUGCCCUCCACAUCUCUGGAAGCCUCUAGAUUAUUUGGCCACUGGUGACAUUCCAGGGGGAUCUGCAAGGGGUUUCCUCCGUG